AUGGCCACGAGCGCUUUGCAGCCGGCAACAUUAAAGGCAGUCAAGCCCACAAGUCAAGUGGAAACAUCGACAAGUAAAGCAAAGCUAGAUUAUGUAGUUGCUGGUGUGGCAAAUCUCCGACGAAGUUUGGAGCGCCAAGUUGGCCAUGCUCGCGAAGAACGAUUAGACUUGUUAUUGGAAGAGGCAAAGAAGCUAGCAGCAGAUUUGCAGCCGUUCGUUUCCCUGUCCAACGAGUUCAAGUCAAAAUGGGAUUCGCAGAAGGCAGCCCUGCUGUCUCAAAAGAAAACGGAAAUCGACACGCAUCUGCAGCGAGAAGACGAGCUUGCACAAGCUGAUUUUGCCAAGACAGCAGAAGCCGAACUGCGCGCCCUCGCCACGGCCGAGGAGCAGCGCGGCGGUGCCGCACGGUCCCAGGACCUGGAGGUGAUCCUUCGCCAAGCUGUGGAAAGUUGGCGCGGAGAGGUUCAUGGUGCAAGCCUGGUCAACCAAACAGACGUGGACAAAGCCGUGCGCGCUUGUCUGGCACGUGUGGUGGCCUGGACAUCAACGCAGGAGCAGCGGAUGGUCGCCAGUUGGAAGGAGACAGUCCGGCAAUUGGUCCUGGAAGUUCACAAGGUGGACAUGAGCAGCUUCCAAGCACUUGAAGACACGCUGUCUGCACGUCGGGCCAUUGUGGAUGAUCUUCUUGCACGCCAGCGACGGGAGCUGACAACUGCAUACAGACAGAUGCAGGAUAACCUGGCCCACAAGACGCGUGAGAUGCUGCAGUCCGAUCGUGAAGUGCAGCGAAAGCGAGACAGAAAAGCAGAUCGCAGGCUCCUCCUGAAGGAAGCCCAGCUGGCAGCCCGAAGUCGGGUCGAGAUUGCAAAAAGUGAGUCUCUGAAAGCUUUGGAUGCUCACACGCAGGUUUCCUGCUCGAAAGUGGAUCGCUGGGCUUCUCUGUUCCUGCUGAAGAAGUCCCUUCUACAAGAAGCAAUGGGCGAUCUUGGGCCGAUGCUGGCCUCAAACUUGGAUGGCGAGCUGCGAACUACCGUGGCUCAGAUUCGACAGCGGCAGAACCAAAGUGUUGGCCGCGAUGCUGUCGAAGAGCCAAGCCAGUUUCGAGGCUCGCAGUCCCCGGCAAAAGAAUGUGGUGGAGAUAGUGACCACAGCCCCGACGGAGCACAGCUGGAGACGGCCAUGCGGCGGAGUCGAAUGACCCACGAGCUGACGGAUCUGAAAGAUGAAGUUCAGGCAAUGCUGGCGGCCUCAAAAGAUCGGAAGUCCUGGCGGAAGGACAUCGACGAGGCGACGGCGAAGGGCCUCAGCCUCCUCCAAGAUGCCAAAGCUGCCUUGGAGGUGCAGUCGCAGAUCUUCCAAAAGGCAGAUGGAAGUCAAGCUGAUGACAAGUGGCUGAAGGAAACGGUGACUGGACUCUCAAAUUGCACCCAGAGCUUCCACGCGGAUCUGUUGCCAAAGUUCGAGGAUGUAGCCAACUCCAAGUUAACACACAGCAAGAAGCGCCGGGAGUAUCUCGGCCAGCCUGUUCGGAACCUCGAGCAGAGCUUGCUCGUGGCGGAGGGUGACAUCUUGAAGUCGAUCACCAAGCUGGCGGCUGAGGUGGAGGUCGUCUGUGGCUCCCCUGGUUCCAGUGACAAACUCUUGGCGAAGGGCGGUCUCUUCUGCGUUUCUUGGCCGGAAGGGAAGCUGACUUGUCCUGCAGCCCUCCUUGAGCAGCUGAGGCUGAACAUUGUGCAAAGGCUCUGGCAGCUUGGAAAGACCAGUCCAGAGGAACGGAAAGACUUCUUUGCUCGGUUGCUGGCCGUCUUGGAGAGGGCACCCCUCGCAGCAGACGCUCUCGCGGAACAAAUGAUCUGA